AUGGGCGCUCAGGCUAGCCAGCUCGAGAGAACUGACAGAGACACAGUCGGCGACGGCAGCGACACCCAUUCACGAGCAAACUCGCCCUUUGGACAAACGUUCCCGGGCUCAGACCAAGGAAGUCCCGAGCCCUUUGAGAAUCACCAACCUCAGUCGCAGGACAUCGCAUUCUCCAGCCAAGUUCCGCGCUCGCCAGGCCGCACCAGGCACCUAUACCGGACCAACGGCAGAGCCUCAGUGCCCAAGUUCGAGAGACCAAGUGCCUCACCCGAUCCUGAGUUGGCGGCAUCAAAGGUCGAGGUCGAAACCGAGGUCAAUCCAGGUCAGGCCACAGGCGAUACCGCUGCCAAGCCGACAAAGCAAAAGCGACGACGAUCCAAGAAGAAGGACGGCCAGGCUACCGACAGCCGAAAGGAAGCAGGCAAGGAGCAGCCUCAGGAUCAAGGCGCCAGCAUGACGAGCCCUGCAGACCUUGUGGGCGGUGUGCGUGCCUCUGGCCCGCGAUCGUCAAUAGACCUCGAUGCGUCUUCAUCGAGUCCGGCGCUGGUCAACGGCGUGAGCGGCUCGUUACGCGAUGGCGAACAAGGCCCCACAGAAGCUGAAGCGCUUCGGCGACAGCGAAAGCUCGAGAGAAAGGAGCGCAAACGGGCCAAGAAACUCGCUGGCAAACUCAAGAAUACUCUGCUCGAGACUGAUCCCAACUUUGGCGGCCAUGAAAAUGCUGAUGCGCUCGUCCAGGCACGAUCGGUGCAGAAUCUGAAUGACCUUGGUACAGCUCAGCCUGAGGCCGACGCUCGCCUUCAUGAAGAGGAGGAGGACAACCGGAUGGAUGAUCCGAACCAGCUUCCGACGCCGGAUGACGAGGCCCAGCCACGCCUUCCGACCAACAACUUUACCUUCCUACAGCUUGAUGGCGACGAUGUUGCGGAACAGGCGCAUGCUGCUGUACAGCCUCCCCCCCUGAAACGCAAAGGCAAAGACACCGACAAGAAAUCGCGAAAAAAGCGCAAACAGCACCCAGACGAGGCGGAUGGCAUUCAUCCAGAUGUGGAGGGCGGCAGCAAUCAAAACACAGUUGCGCCUCUCGUUCCUGCAUCCACGCGCUCUGGCUCGAGGCAAAUGUCUCCCGGCUCACAAGCAAGAGCCCCUACUGAUAUUAUCAGCGACUUGGCGCGAGACUUUUACACGCAGCAUUACUCUGCUACCAAGAACUCCACUACCAGGCGGAGCGCCAGUCCCGCUGCCAGCCGUCACAAGAGAUUAAAACUAGGAGAGUAUUCGCCCAGUGCCGCUCGCCUGCAGCGCUCGCUCGAGCGUUCGGAUCCAUCUGGACCACCCGAAUAUACGCCCGAGGUCAAACGAGAAACUGCAAUGGACGAUGGCCACGAGGAGGAUCCUAUGGAUGUUGAUGAGGAGCACCAAGAGAGCAACGGCUCUGAACAUGAAGGAAGUGAUGCCGAAAACCAGAACGGUGACUAUGAGGAAGCUGGGAGUGCUGGCUCUGUUGACGACAUCGAGAUGCCCGAAGUAGAUUCCCUAGCUGGUGAUGAGCCCGAGAAACAACCCGACCUCGGAUCCGACGACCUUGGGGUUGGUUCGACUGCGGUGCAAGGCGAGGCUCUGGCAGAAACCCAUACGGGUCAAGACUCGCCACACUCACCAGCCGUUGGGGAUGGCCCCGGCAUAGCCCCGGCCACUUCGUCCAAGUCCAAAUCAUUGAAACAGUACGGCCCGAAGCCAAGCACUGGCAAGAGGCGGCUUGCGAAGAAAUCAUUCCUGGAUCGAGAGGAGGAUGCUAACGUCAACGCCUUCGCUGAGCUCCCAUCUCCGACUGCGGCGGCUGUUUCCCGCAAGGGCAAGGAACGUGCCAUGGAUUCGGCAGCUGAGCCCGGCCUCUCGAACACCAACGGUAAUUCGAAGCAGCUGAAGCUAUCGUCAAUGCUGAAUAGCGACGCUCCAAGCUCCUCCGCUGCUGGUACUUCCAAGCAGAUCACAACCUCUUACAACGGACUAUUCGCAACCAAGAAGAGCAGGAAGGUCAAAGACCCAAAGCCCGACGAAGAAGUGUCCGGCGUGUUCAGUGAAUUCGAGCUGCGUAAUCUGAAGGUCGCUAUCCAGCGGUGGCGCCAAAUCCACAAAAUCGACGAGGAUGAUAUGAAGGACAUGAUUCAGAAAAACCCUCAAAUCGCCAAGACAGGCGAAUUCUGGGACCAUGUCCAUGCGGCACUUCCCAAGCGUAAACGCCAAAAGGUUAUUAACCAGGCGCGCAAGAUCUACCACAACUUCGUUGCUCGUGGGUCUUGGACGCAAGAGCAGCAUGAGGAACUGGUCCGCGCAUUCGAGAUUCACGGCAGGAACUUCAAGGUCAUUGCCAACCUAAUCAACCGCCAUUCUGAGGACGUUCGCGACCGCAUUCGCAACUACGUGAUAUGUGGUGACAAGAGGAAAACGGACGUCUGGAGCCACGAGGAAGAGGGGCGUCUCAUUCAAAUCAUCCAGGAGGCAUUGGACCAGAUUCGGCAGCUCAAGGCCAGCGAGGGUGCAGCGGGAUCUGAUCUCUUGCGAAGAGACGAGGAAGAGCUUAUUGACUGGUCUCUCGUGAGCGAAAACAUGGACCAUACUCGCAGUCGUCUCCAGUGUCUGACGAAGUGGAAGACGCUGCGUCUGCGCAUCCAAGGUGGCAAUAUCGAUGGCCAGGUGGCCAGAUCCAUGGACGAGAUCGUCCAACAAGCCCGCGCCGACUUUGACACCAUGACCCACAAAGACCGAUAUCUGAUUGCCAAGGCAGUCAGCAAGUCGGGCGCAAAGGCCGAUUCACGCAUUCCCUGGCACAAGCUUCGUCGAACGUAUGGGGCCGUGGAGCGAUGGAAUCGCCCUGCCCUUCUGGUGGCUUGGCAUCGAAUGCGACGCUCCCUCCCUAACUGGAGGACCAUGCUGGUUCUCGAGACCUCGAAGGCCUUGAUGGCCAAGUAUAGAGAGUCCGGAGAGCAGCUCCACGUCCUCCCCCCCGAGGAGAUGGACCUGGAUGCCGAGUAUCGCGAGGUCGAGCACAAAGUCGAGAAAAUCCUGAAAGGUAUCGGUGGCCCGAAAACUCCCCACUUUGCGACUAAGAGUGAUGAAGGCGACGAGGAUGAGGCUAGCGUAGACUUGGGUCUUGACGAUGAUGAAGAUGAGGACGAGGGCGACAUUGGAGAUGUCGACGACCUCGAGAUUGACGAGUCGGUGCAUGGCUCACCACAAGCUGUCAGAAGUAAGAGUAACUUGCGCAUUGGGGCGAACUUGAACAAGCCAAAGUCAGCCCGCAACCCGAGAAAACGACAAAAUGCCCACAGCCCUCAGCCUGCGGAUGAGCAGUCGCCAGCACAAGCAGCAAUGAAAAGCUCUAGUGAGCCGAACGAAAUGGAACAGCUUGAAGAUUCCAAGCCCGAAGCAAACAAAAGCCGCAGGAAGAGCAGAGGCAAAGGCAAGGCUAAAGCCAGGGCGGCCAAGCGUGCCUUGUCCGACGAGAAGAUCGUUGAUGAGGUUAGCAGCGAUACAGGUGCGGAGGACGUUGAAGACAUCCCUGCCGUUCUUCCCAGCUAG